AUGGCACAGCGCAGAGGUUCACAUUCGAUCGGCGAGGACAUGCCCCGCAUUAAGCGCGAACUGGGAAUGUCACCUGUGAUAUCUUUGCCGCCGCGUCACCAGCCUUCCACAUCAGUUUCGUCGAGUAAUGAACUUUCGUCAUCUGUUCCGCCACAUUGCGACCCUUCGACGCCAAAAAAAGUGCGUAUUAAGGAAGAGGAUAUUAAUACGGAACCUAUAUACUUUGACUCCACAGGUAGACCGUUACGAAGUGGCGCCAAUCAGCCGCGGUUACGGACCGAUCACUCGUCAUCGACCGGGAGAACUACUGCCAUCCGUGAGAUUGAGAAGCCGAACUUCGAGCCAUCAGGACUUCUGGCAGCUGAGACGAACAAAAAAAAUGGCGUUCCGCUGAAGUACACCGUUCCGCCCGAUUCGGUUAUGCCGCUGGCUUCAUGGCGGCUCUAUAUGCUCAACGAACCAGAGGGAAGUGAAGGGAAAACGGAGGUGCUAAAAACCAUCUAUCUAGAUAAACAGACGCACUACUUGAUCGGCUACGACCGGAGGAUAGCGGACGUCGAGCUGGCACACAAGAGCAUUUCGAGACAGCACGCUGUUAUACAGCAUCGCAAAAUACCGUCAAAAGGCUCAUCGCCGUACAUCAUAGACCUGGAGAGCACCAACGGUACAUACCUCAACGACGAGCGUAUUAAGCCGGGGCGUUACUACCAGCUGAACGCCAGGUCUGGGCUACAUCCAAGGCGCCCAACCGACGAACAUCUUGGAGAGGGACUGCGGAUCCCCCGCGUCCUCUGCGUUGCCGCGCGCAGACAGACUUGA